AUGCCCGAUCGGCUGGCCCUCUUUGAGCUUCAGCGCCGAUUAAUCGAGCGAAGCAGACUUCUCAGCUUUGUGCCUUAUGCGGACACCCCCUUCCAAGGACUACGAGACCGCUCAUCAUCCGACGGCGACACGGACAGCGAGGACGGGGCGAGCUCUGAGCAGCAAGGUGCGUGCGGCUCGACGAGAGCUCGUUCGAGCCCUGAUCAUCAACCUCCUGAACCGGGUCGACUUGGAUGUACAAACUGGUGCAUCUGCGGCCGGUGCGAGGCGAUGCCGACCAUCAUGGAGAGCGUCUGCUGCCGCGAAAUUCCGGCAGCGACCGAGAAGCAACAGUCGGGCUGCGUUACCAGGAAUGUUCGCUUCCACACGCUGUGCAUGGAGGAAGUGGUGCUCGACAUCAUCUUCCAUACGCUCCAGGACCACGGCGUACGCGUCGAGAGCACAAGACGGUACCGGUACAUCAGCUAUAGCCAACUUGCGCACUGGCUUUGGGGACGCCUGGGCAGGAAUCACAGGACGGUCCUCCCAGCCUGUGCUGUACACAAGAUAAGGGAGAGAUUUCCGUCAGAGGAUUACACUGGCUUUCAGUAUGCAAACAGAAACUAAAAUCUCUGCCAAAGUUAUUAUGCUGUUCACAUUGUGUUAAUUAAAAAGGGGAA